AUGAAGUUUAUUUCAAAUUCAAAAGGCGUUUCAGAUAUGAGUUUCGCCAAGGAGUACGAGUUCUUAAACGAGAUUGGUAUCGAGCCUCGAAAUUCUGGUGCCUUUGUUAAUGGUGUUUGGAAAGGGAGUGGCUCUGUUGUCUCCUCUGUUAAUCCUGCAAACAACAAGACCAUUGCUGAAGUAGUAGAAGCUUCUUCUCAAGAUUAUGAAGAAGGCAUAAAGGCUUGUUAUGAAGCCUCAAAGAUUUGGAUGCAACUUCCUGCACCAAAGCGAGGCGAGAUUGUUAGACAGAUUGGUGAUGCACUAAGAACCAAGCUUCAGUACCUUGGUAGACUUCUAUCACUUGAAAUGGGAAAAAUUCUUCCAGAAGGAAUAGGAGAAGUUCAAGAAGUCAUUGAUAUGUGCGACUUUGCAGUGGGUUUAAGCCGGCAAUUAAACGGAUCUGUGAUACCUUCUGAACGUCCAAAUCAUAUGAUGCUUGAGAUGUGGAAUCCUCUUGGAGUAGUUGGUGUUAUUACAGCCUUCAAUUUUCCUUGUGCUGUUCUUGGAUGGAAUGCAUGCAUUGCUCUAGUCUGUGGAAAUGCUGUUGUUUGGAAAGGUGCCCCAACCACACCUUUAAUAACAAUAGCAAUGACCAAGCUAGUUGCAGAAGUGCUGGAAAAAAACAGUUUACCAACUGCCAUUUUCACCUCAUUUUGUGGGGGUGCUGAAAUUGGUCAAGCUAUAUCAAAAGACACACGCAUACCCUUGGUUUCCUUCACUGGAAGUUCAAAGGUUGGUCAGAUGGUUCAACAGACUCUUGCUGUUCGCUCUGUUCUAUUUGCUGCUGUUGGUACAGCUGGACAACGCUGCACUACAUGUCGUAGACUUCUUGUUCAUGAAAAGAUAUACGACUCUGUAGUCGAUAAAUUACUUGAAGCAUAUAAGCAAGUUAAAGUUGGUGAUCCUUUAGAAAAUGGCACCUUGCUUGGACCUUUGCAUACAAAAGCAUCAAGGGAGAAUUUUGAGAAGGGCAUAAAAGUCAUUAAGUCUCAGGGAGGGAAAAUCCUCACCGGUGGUUCGGUUAUAGAAUCUGAAGGAAACUUUGUACAGCCGACAAUAGUUGAGAUUUCACCAGCUGCUGAUGUUGUGAAGGAAGAACUGUUUGGUCCUGUACUUUAUGUACUAAAAUUUAAGGAUUUUAAAGAAGCUGUUGAGAUAAACAAUUCGGUACCUCAAGGAUUGUCUAGUUCUAUAUUCACCCGCUCACAUGAACUUAUCUUUAAAUGGAUUGGACCUCAAGGAAGCGAUUGUGGUAUUGUUAAUGUAAAUAUACCAACAAAUGGUGCUGAAAUUGGUGGUGCUUUUGGUGGUGAGAAGGGGACAGGUGGCGGCCGUGAAGCCGGAAGUGAUUCUUGGAAACAGUAUAUGAGACGCUCAACAUGUACGAUCAACUAUGGGAGCGAGCUACCACUUGCACAAGGAAUCAGCUUUGGGAAUUAAAAUGUUGGUGGUUUGGAGUCUUUAACUGCUAAUAGCUCUGUUGUGUGAUACUAUUGUGAAACGAUUAAAUAAAAGAACCUCAUUUACUCAUUCCAAAUGGAUUUAUCUAAUUAAAUCGUGAUCCCAUAUAUACUCAUUUCAUACACGGGUUAAAGUGCUCAGAAGAAUGUAAGCGAAGCAACUGAAACUUGUUCACAAAUAAAACGUUCCAGAC